AUGUCGGACGGAGCUGUUCUGCCUCCAACCGCACCAGUGGUCGCCGAGGCUCACCAAGUAGACACUUUCCAUGUGCCCGAGGCCUUCUUCGCCAAGCACCCUACUAGACCACAUCUCAAUGGGUUGGAAGAAUACAAGCAGCUCUACGAAGAAUCGAUCCGACAGCCCGACAUUUUCUGGGCUCGCAUGGCACGUGAAUUGCUUACCUUCGACCACGACUUCCACACUACACUCACCGGCUCGCUCGAGAAUGGAGAUAAUGCCUGGUUUUUGGGCGGCAAAUUGAACGCAUCUUUCAACUGCGUCGAUCGCCAUGCCAUCAAAAACCCCAACAAGGUGGCCAUCAUCUACGAAGCCGAUGAGCCUCGCGAGGGCCGCACCAUCACAUACGGCGAAUUGCUCCGCGAGGUAUCUAGAGUUGCAUGGGUCCUCCAGUCGCAAGGAGUGCGCAAGGGCGAUACUGUCGCUAUCUAUCUUCCCAUGAUUCCUGAGGCUCUCGUUGCCUUCCUGGCUUGUUCGCGUAUCGGUGCCGUGCACUCGGUCGUCUUCGCCGGGUUUUCUUCCGAUUCGUUGCGCGAUCGUGUGUUGGACGCCAAGUCCAAGUUUGUCAUUACGGCUGACGAGGGAAAACGGGGUGGGAAGAUUAUCGGCACCAAGAAGAUUGUGGACGAGGCUCUGAAACAGUGUCCAGAAGUCUCAAACGUUCUCGUUUUCAAACGCACUGGUGCUGAUGUUCCAUGGACAAAGGGCCGUGAUUUGUGGUGGCACGAGGAAGUUGAGAAAUAUCCAAACUACCUCCCCCCGGUCUCUGUGGAUUCCGAAGAUCCUCUUUUCCUCCUAUACACAUCUGGUUCUACCGGAAAACCAAAAGGCGUCAUGCAUACAACUGCUGGCUACUUGCUCGGAGCUGCAGCUACCGGUAAAUAUGUCUUUGAUAUCCAUGACGAUGAUCGCUACUUCUGCGGUGGUGAUGUGGGCUGGAUUACAGGCCACACUUAUGUCGUCUAUGCGCCUUUGCUUCUCGGUGUGGCAACUGUUGUGUUUGAAAGUACCCCCGCGUAUCCCAACUUCUCUCGCUAUUGGGAUGUAAUUGAGAAGCACAAGGUCACUCAGUUUUAUGUUGCUCCUACUGCACUUCGUUUGCUCAAGCGCGCUGGCGACGAGCAUAUUCAUCACAAAAUGGAGCACCUUCGAGUUCUUGGAUCAGUCGGCGAGCCCAUUGCUGCGGAAGUUUGGAAGUGGUACUUUGAAAGUGUUGGUAAGGAAGAGGCUCACAUUGUCGACACUUACUGGCAAACCGAAACUGGAUCAAAUAUAAUCACCCCCUUAGGUGGUGUGACACCGACGAAGCCCGGCAGUGCAUCUCUUCCGUUUUUUGGCAUCGAGCCCACGAUCAUUGAUCCCGUGUCGGGAGAAGAGAUCAGCGGCAAUGAUGUUGAGGGUGUUUUGGCCAUCAAGCAGCCAUGGCCCAGUAUGGCACGCACUGUCUGGGGCGCUCACAAACGGUAUAUGGAUACAUAUCUCAAUGUUUAUAAAGGUUACUAUUUCACUGGCGAUGGAGCUGGUCGUGACCAUGAAGGAUACUAUUGGAUUCGUGGACGUGUUGAUGACGUUGUUAAUGUUUCUGGCCACCGACUUUCUACGGCUGAGAUUGAAGCUGCCCUGCUUGAGCAUCCCAUGGUUGCCGAAGCUGCCGUUGUUGGUAUUGCAGAUGAACUCACUGGACAAGCUGUGAAUGCUUUUGUCUCAUUGAAGAGUGGCAAUGAAUCUACAGACCAAGUUCGCAAAGAUCUCAUUAUGCAGGUGCGAAAGUCGAUCGGACCUUUCGCUGCUCCCAAAGCAAUCAUUCCCGUCGAAGAUCUCCCUAAAACUCGCAGUGGCAAAAUCAUGCGCCGAAUCCUGCGCAAGAUUCUCAGUGGCGAGGAGGACAGCUUGGGCGAUACAUCUACGGUAUGA